CAGGUUACCCCCAUCGUCUCAUCCGUCCCAUCUGGUUCGGUCAUCUACCCCAACCAUAACCAUACUCAGCCUUCGCAAGUCGCAACCAAUUUAUACGCAGUUCUCGGACUCUCUCUUUCGUAGAUCUGGAGAGGGGUCGUUGUUUUGUCUGUUUCUUGAACUGGGUCGUUCUUAGUUUCAAAGAUGAAGGUGUCUGUCACUACAAGAAGCGGCAGAGAAUUCAUCAAGGGUGGCCUUGAGCUCGAUGAUUCGGCUACUGUGGAUGAUCUGCAGGAGGCAAUUUACAAGCGAACCAAGAAAUACUAUCCUUCUAGACAGCGACUUACCAUUCCUCUCCAACCGGGAUCCAAAGAGAAACCUACAGUCCUUCAAUACAAGAAAAGUCUCAAAGAGUACAGCGAUGGCAACAACAACCAGUUAACUGUAGUGUUCAAAGACCUGGGUCCACAAGUUUCCUAUCGUACACUCUUCUUCUGCGAGUACUUGGGUCCUUUGGUCAUCUAUCCCAUCUUCUACUACUUACCUGUGUACCGGUACUUUGGCUAUGGGGGAGAGCGCACCAUCCACCCAGUUCAGACAUAUGCCUUGUACUAUUGGUGCUUCCACUACUUUAAACGUAUCAUGGAAACAUUUUUUGUGCAUCGUUUCAGCCAUGCAACCUCACCACUUUCCAAUGUAUUCCGGAACUGUGCUUACUACUGGACCUUUGGCGCUUAUAUUGCCUACUAUGUAAAUCAUCCACUUUAUACCCCUGUAAAUGAUCUCCAAAUGAAGAUUGGAUUUGGAUUUGGGUUGGUUUGUCAAGUUGCAAACUUUUAUUGCCAUAUCUUGCUGAGAAAUCUUCGGAGUCCCAGUGGGAGCAGAGGAUACCAAAUCCCAAGUGGGUUUUUGUUCAAUAUUGUGACCUGUGCAAAUUACACAACAGAGAUUUAUCAGUGGUUGGGCUUCAAUAUUGCAACGCAGACUGUUGCAGGCUAUAUCUUUAUGGUGGUUGCUGCUGCCAUCAUGACUAACUGGGCACUUGCAAAGCACCGCCGUUUGAAGAGGUUAUUUGAUGGGAAGGAAGGAAGACCCAAGUAUCCUCGACGAUGGGUGAUACUACCCCCAUUCCUGUAGAGGAGAUUAGCAAGCCUGCCGUUCGUAUAAUGGUAAAAGAAGUUCAAACUUCUGCAGUUCUCAUUAAUUUGUGCUAAAAAUGGAUCAAAUCUUCACGUGUGUCUCACAGCCCAUAAGGGCCAUGAAGGACUUGUUCUUCUUCCCUGAUCUCAGAGAUUUCAGUUAAUCAAUUGUUAGACACAGUUCCCAUUAUUCUGCUUUGUCAGGACAUAGUCUCAUUUUCUUACUUUUUUUUUGUUUUUUGUUUUCUGUUUCUCCCCUUCUAUCGGAUUAUGCGAGUAGUGCCCUUGGUCUUUUACUUGUUACAGUCCUGUUAUGGGGCUUUACAUCUUUGAUUUGCCAACUAUUUGUGUCUUCGUUUGCUGAAAUUUGAAUCCGUUACAUCAUGGCUCUUGGGCAAAGCACUGCAGAAAGUUGGGAGCUUCUGUAUUUGCGACCUGUUACUUAAGAACUUAUAUUUGUGGUGUUCAUGCUAAUGGUUAGAAAACUCAUAAUGUGCA